AUUGUCUCUGCGGUUUCUGGCCUCUCGAAAGCUCCUCUUUGGAGUCGGUCGGCAACCCCUUUUAUUGCUGGGACUGAGGGAGAGAGAGAGAGAGAGACGUUCCUUUCUCUUGGGGCAAUUUCCGCGCGGGCGGGAGCGAGCAACCAAUGUAUUACUAGUUGGUUCCCAUUCUGAGGAGGCGCUUGCCUCGCUUCCCCCCUGCGGGGCUGCUACUUGGUUGCAGCUGGAGAAAGAGGGAGCAUUGGGGAGCCUGAAGCGAGGUCGGUUCGGACGCAUCCAAAGCGAGAGAGAAGGGGCCGCCUGGGGAGAAGGAGCGGUGUUGGAAAGCUGGGUCUCCCGAUGGAGGAGGAGGAGGAACGUGCGGCGGCGGUGGCCCAGAAAAGAAAGGCCUGGGCGAAGAGCAGGGACUCCUGGCAAGCGUCGGAAGCUGAGCAGGAGCCCAUUGGAGGCGGAGGGAAGUUGCCCUUGGCCACCGAAGGAGGCAAUAUUCCAAAUGAAAAGAUUGCAAUAUGGCUUAAAGACUGUCGAACACCACUGGGAGCCUCCCUGGAUGAGCAAAGUAACCCAACAUUAAAGGGCAUGCUGAUGAAAAAUGGUGGAAGCUUUGAAGAUGAUUUAUCACUGGGAGCAGAAGCUAAUCAAUUGCAUCAAAACAGUGAACAAAUGGAAAUCUGCAAUGGUAUGUUGGCGAAGGACAAGAGGCUUCAAUUUCAUCAGAAAGGGAGAAGUAUGAACUCCACUGGCUCCGGGAAGAGCAGUGCAACUGUUUCAAGUGUGUCUGAAUUACUAGAACUCUAUGAGGAAGAUCCUGAAGAAGUUCUCUACAAUCUUGGAUUUGGUCGUGAUGAACCAGAUAUUGCUUCUAAAAUCCCACCAAGGUUUUUUAAUUCAUCAUCCUUUGCCAGGGGCAUAGACAUCAAAGUGUUUCUGAAUGCUCAGCUGCAACGCAUGGAGGUGGAAAACCCCAAUUUUGCCUUGACAAGUCGCUUUCGCCAAAUUGAAGUGCUUACUACUGUGGCCAAUGCAUUCUCUUCCUUGUACUCCCAAGUUUCUGGCACUCCGAUGCAGAAAAUUGGGAGCAUGAAUUCAACAGCUUCCAACAAAGAGGCAUCCAGCCCUCCUCCUCUAAAGCGACACAACACAGCAAGUCGCUUAAUGAAGACCAUAUCUAGACUCAAUCUUACUGGGAACUCACAGGCCGGGGAGGAUGGGAGCCCGACAACACUCUCACCAGUCGCCUUGCAGGGGAUUGAAAAUGGGAGUGAAGAAUCAGAGGUGAAAAAUGAUCUCAAAGCUCCAAAACACUUCAAAACAUCUCUGUUGGCUACAGUGAAAGAGGAAGUACCUAGCAAUCAGCCUGGUCUUGAGGGAGCUCAAAGUCCUUCAGAACUCUUUGUGAGUACAAAUGUCAAACAGGAAACACAAGACAACACUGCACCUCAUGAAGAUAAGCAAGUUGAUGACUCUUUGGGACAUUCAGAAAAAACUGCUGCUAUGAAUUCCUCUGGACUUGAAAGUGCAGUUCUGGAAUCAACCAACUGUGGGCCAGAAGAAAGUCAUAAGCUGUGGAUUUCUCCUGCUUCCGCAAUGGAUAAAGAGCCCUGUGCUCCAGUCGCAAACCCAUCUAUUGUUAACCUCAUGUUGCAGCAGAAGGACUCCUUUGAAAUGGAGGAGAUCCAAAGCACAGAGGGAGAGAUUCCACAUACUACUAACACAGGCCAGCUGGCUUUAAUCAAAACUAAGAAAGACCAGCUUUUACGAUCAGCAAGUCAGCAUUCCGAUAGCAGUGGUUUUGCAGAAGAUUCUUCCACAGACUGCUUCUUGCUAAACCAGCUUCAGGGACACGAAUCUCUACAGGCCAUGGGAAGCAGUGCCGACAGCUGUGACAGUGAGACAACUGUAACAUCAUACAGUGAAGAACUCAAGACACCAAUUGCUGAACAAGAACCCUAUUUUAAUGAGCUUGAUGAAGAGAAAUUUCUUUUGGAAGUGGAGCAACAGAAGAGGGAGAUGGUUUUGGAGGUGAAUGCAGAAGAAGUCCAGAAAACAUUAGAACGUGCAACUAAGAGUCAGGGAAUUGCAGAAUUUUGCAGUGCAGAGUUUGCUCGAAGGAAAGAAGAAUCUUCUGCAUGGGAAGCAGAAGCUGAUGUCUUGGAGGAAGACAGUGAAGAGAGCGAUGUAGAUCAAAACAGUGAGCAAGAAUUCUUGCCCUAUAAAACUCACCACAUUCUGAAACCAAUGUCAUCUUUUGAAAGCAGCAGUUCAUCUCCUUCCUCUGCAGAGCGGAUUACCGUUGCUUUACAGCGAGCCCAGCGGCGGAUUGGUGGUUCAUCGGAUUCCCGAGCUGGCCGCAAUCUUUUAAAAUCAAAAGACCUUCUGUUCAAGCAAAGGCAUCGAAUCGCUGACUUGGGUUAUCCACUGAGGCGCUCCCAGUCCCUUCCAACCACACUCUUAAGCCCAGUGAGAGUAGUUUCAUCGGUAAAUGUCCAGCUAGCUCCUGGAAAGCAAACUCUCUGUGGACCUCCUUCCUUUACUUACAAGUACGACACGCCUGAAGAAAUUGAGAAUAAGGAGAAAGAAGAAGAAGAAAAGCCCAUCAGUGAGGUCAACAGCAGUCCCCCCAGGUGUACAUCCACACUCUUCAUUGCUCCUUCCUCUCAUAGGAGAACCCCUUCCCAUCCUGCAGCAAACAAGGUGACAGAUGAGCCAUGCCGGAGCAGGAUACAGAGUUGCCCCCUGCACCUCCCAACACGUAUGACUCAGUCAUCCUGUUCGCUUCAUUCACUUCAUUCUGAUUGCCUGGAAAGACCCUUAUGUGCCCACAUGAGGACACUUAGUACACACAGCAUCCCAAGCACUCCGGGCUCCUCCUGCAGUGGCUUGCCUUCCCCUUUUGGCUGUUCUCACUCACUGAGGCAUUUUGGGCACCCCCAUCAGUUUCCUACCAUGAACCCAGUUUCCACUGUUGAAAUGCAACUGAGGAGAGUCUUGCAUGAUAUCAGAGGCUCUUUGCAAAACCUUUCACAGAAUGCUGUGAUGAGAAACCAUGAUGUUACUGCAACCUCUUACAGUACUCAGAGAUCGUCCAUUCUACCUCUCUAUGAAAAUACCUUCCAAGAUCUUCAGGUGGUAAGAAGGAACCUCAACCUCUUCAGAACACAGAUGAUGGAUUUAGAAUUGGCCAUGUUGCGUCAACAGACAACAGUUUAUCAGCACAUGACCGAAGAAGAGAGAUACGAAGCUGAUCAACUCCAGAGCCUGAGGAAAUCUGUCCGCAUGGAGCUUCAGGAAUUAGAAAUGCAAUUAGAAGAGCGUCUCCUUUCCCUUGAAGACCAGCUCAGAACUAUGCAUGUGUUUUCACCUUUCAGGCAACAAACACUCAUGGGCAUGUAUGGAGGCCGAAGCACUGAAAAUUUGUCAUGUCCUUCUCCAGUGAAUGUGAUGGAGCCAGUUUCUGAACUCAUUCGAGAACAAUCCUAUCUGAAGUCAGAGUUGGGAAUGGGAUUGGGAGAACCAGGAAUUGAGACCUCUCCAGAAGCAACAUUUGAUCAUGGGGGAAAUUCUGACACCUCUUCCGUGUGCUCCAGUCAAGCCAGUAGAAAAGCUGCUGUACAUUCAUCUGAAAUAAAGCCCAAGCUCCAUGGCAAAAGAGUCUACCGGGCAUGUGUGGCCUUGAUGCCCUCUCCACCGGCAAGAGCAGGAACAGAGCAGCCCCCAGAGUGCUCUGAGAAGCAGCCCAUGUCUGAGGAAGAGCAGAAACUUGAAAAGACCCCUGGUGUUGAAGAAAUUCAGAGGAGUGUGGAGAAUGAUGAAUUGCAGCAAGUCAUUCGAGAGAUUAAAGAAUCUAUUGUUGGCGAAAUCAGGCGAGAAAUCGUCAGUGGCCUGCUGGCAGCUGUCUCUUCCCCUAACAAAUCUGCUAAUACUAAGCAAGAAAUGCAGCCUUGAAUCGGUACUACAGGUUGGCAUGUGUGGAACGUAUGUGUCUGUGUUCUUGGGAACAAAAGCAAUGGAUACUGGAUAAAAGCCACAGUUGUGUGCUGUGUGACUUCUGACUCUGCCCUCUGCUCUUCGCCUUACUACUGCCCAUGAUUUAUCAAGAGAACUACAGCUGCUUGCAAGCCUCGGUAUUUAUUGUUCCUAGUGUUCAUUUGUGCAGAGCUCUUGUUUCUUGAUAGAGGCAUUCCUUGUAAGACUUGAAGAUUUCUGAACCUAUCCUAGUUCAGUUAGAAAAAAAAACCAAGGGUUGUUUAUUUUCUUUUUCCUCUUCAACAGCAACUAAGCCCCCACUGACCUCUGUGAGGUAUUUAACUGUGCAAUAACUGAUGCAUUCUGAGAGCUUGAAAUAAUUAUUUCUACUGCUGUUACUGAGUGCCACUUCAAAAGAAGAGCAUAACCUGUUGUACAAAUUAUUAACUCUUGGGAGAAGUUCUUUAUUUACAAAACAUAGAGAAUUAUAUGAAGUUACAUAAAACUACUAAAAAUGCUUACACUGAAAAACCUUAUCUUUGUCUUAAAGAUAGCAUUCUUAAAACAAUUAUUUUCUGCCUCUUUGCUUUUACAUUUUUCUUUUAUGUGCCUUGUCUUUGUUUAUGUUUUUAAAAAAUCCUUAAUAUAUAUGAACAAUUAAGAUAUAUAAGGAGAGGUGGCCUUUUCGAGUACAAUGUCUAUAAAACACUAGUUUAAAACGAAACAAAAGUGGUAUGUAAGUUGGAAGUGGAUUGGUAGUUGAUACAGAGAAGAUAGGAUGAACUAGUUCUCUCUGCCUUGUCUGCAACUUUACUGCAGCCUUUGGAAAACAACAUAUCGAAGAAGAAAAAAAUACAUGGGGAGAUUUCUUGAUGAAUUGCUGCCAUCUGUGGAUUCUGCCACAACGUCUGAAUACCACUAGGAUUUCUUUAUUUUCCAAAUGGUUGCUUUCAGCUAAUAAUUUUUUCCAGUUGUGUUGAAGGCAUAAUCAGUGACUUGUACAAUCAUAACAAUAUUGUAUGAGAAAAGUGUCAAGGAGUGGUGUUUCUCUGGAAUACACACAAGUGCUGAUCUCUUUUUAAAAAGAUGUUGUUAAUGCCAAUAAAAUUAUUUAUUUUGCCUA